AUGGCUUCGGAAGUCCUAAUCAAAAUACUUCGUACCAUUCCGCGUUUUACGUUCGAUUUGCAACCCGUACCAAAAAUAUUUACGCUACAAUUUGACAGUUAUUAUGUUCAGUCAUUAUUUGUAUUUGUUGUUGUGAUCCUUUUUAUUGGUGCAGCAUUAUUGUUAACAAUUAUAAUCACAUGGAUUUGUCAAUGUUGUAUCAGACAAGAUGCAAAUGUGAAAUCAAGGCGACGUGUUCGUCAACUCUCACUCGUAUUAUUCAUUAUUAGCAUUAUAUGCUUCUUUUGCCUUGGAGCAUGUUUAUUUGGAAAUGAACAUUUGAAUCGCAGCGUAAUGAAUUCAAUUAUCAGUGCUGAAGAUAUCUCACGGAAUUUAUUAUUUGCUGAUUCACAGUCGAUUUUGCUGAACAAUUACUGCUUAAAAACCAUGAAACAAAUCGAUGCAUUAUCAACAGCUGUGGAAAGUGCAGCAGAAAAAACAGCUGACUUAAAUAAAACGGCUUUACAUGAAUUUACAACAAUACUGAAUUCUGUGUCGCAAAAAAUCGAUUUAUUGGGCAUAGAUUUGGCAUUUUUCAGAAAAGUAUUAUCAGGAAAUUUGUUUCUUGAGCGUAGUUCACUCUAUACUCAACGAAUUGAGCUAGAAAGAUGGGUUCUGUGUGCAACUUUGCUAUCAAUUAUGUUUAUCGUACUUUUUGCCGGUGUUAUUGCAUUUUGUCGUCAAUCGAAAAAAGGAGCCGUGAUAUUUUCCGGUCUUGGUUUUACAAUUUUUAUUGUUGGAUGGCUAUUACUAGCUGCCAUAUUUCCAGCUUCUAUGGCAUUAGUAGAUUUUUGCGCAGAUGGUACUCAAUUUAUUCGGGAAUAUAUGUCAAAUGAAACUAUGGAAUUAUUUGAUUUUUACCGAAAAUGUAAUCCAACAAUCAAUCAUGAUAAUUUUCCAAAUGUGAUCCGUAUUGAUAAAAUCAGUAAACAACUCUCAGAUAUACAAGAAAUGAAUGAAAAAUUUGAUUCCAGAAUUGAAACUCUAUUCAAUGGCAGCAUGCAGCAAAAACAGAUUGAACUCUUCGAACAGGUCAAAAUAAUUAAUGACGGCAUGACACUUGCAUUAAAAAACAUUGGCGCUCUUGAAACAACUAUUGGAUGUUAUACUUAUCACAACGAUAUGUUAAUUAUGGAACGAAGUUUUUGCAUUGAUGGAAUUAUUGGAUCGUCGAUUUUGUUGUAUUGUUUGGUUUUACUUGAAGCAUUCUUAUUCACGCUUUUACUUAUCGUAUCCAAAAGUUGGCAGUUAUUCGCUCGAUUACCAUCAGAUUAUGUAGAAGUGGAUGAGGAAGAUCCAUUUUUUCCACGAGGAAAUGAUAGCACUAUUCCAGUAGACAUUUAUGGUAGCCAUGUAUUGAAUCCACGUACACGUUUUGCUAGCUCUUUGGAUCGUACGGAACAAUCAACUGGAACAACAAGUGCAACAUGUGGUCUUGCAAAUGGUUCCAUCAAUAAUCAUACAUCUGCUUCAACGGCAUUACUAAAUUCGAACGUUGAAUCAUCAACACCCCCGUGGCAUCGUGGAUUAUCAUCACAACCUACAGCAUCAUCAUCCGUUAAUGCUCCGCCUGCGGUAGGAACGAGCAGUAUGAUACAUACGGCAUAUCAAGCAAACACCGAUGAAGCAACGUAUCAACGUCGUAACUAUCAUGAACAAUUUGAUGUUUAG